UCACAAAGUCCAUAAUUACGGAAAGUCCGUCAAAUUCCUUUCGCUCCACUCGUCGGUGAAUGUCAAAUAGGAUUUGCGGUCACAGACUCGUGAACUCAUUGUCACAAGGUUUUUCCGAUUAUUGGGAUAUAUAAGAAAGCGUGAUUAUCCGGUGAUUAUCCAGUUUUCCCGUGUAACCAGUGGAAGCCUCGAAUUAAUCAGGAAUUCCUUCGGCGAUGACGAAUCUCACAGUGUUUAUACUUAUCUGUGCGAUGAGUCUCGGAGUUCACGGACAGGACUCCAAGAUCACCAUUGAACAGUUGUCUGGCCCCUACGAUCUCGGUGAAGGCCCCCACUGGGACGAGGAGAAUAAUCUUCUGUACUUCGUCGACAUUCACGAACAGAAGUUCUUCGCUUUCGAUCCCUCCACGCAGAGUCUCACGGAAACAUAUCUAAAGAACGGCCCCGUAGGCGUAGCCGUACCCCUAGUCGAUAAGGAGAACACGUUCAUAGCUGGAAGUGGUCGAGAUCUGGUGGAGUUCCAGUGGGACCCGUCCAGCAGCAAUUCAGAGCCCGAAAUCAAGGUUCUCUCCUCGGUGGAGGCCGACAAGCCCAACAACAGAUUCAACGAUGGGAAAGUCGAUCCCGCGGGGCGCUUCUGGGCUGGAACAAUGUAUGAAAAGAACAACGAGGUCAUCGACAAUCAGGGUGCUCUCUACCGAUUCGAGGAGGACGGCACUCCCGUCACAGUUCUCGAUAACAUUACCAUCAGCAACGGCCUCUCCUGGAGUCAUGAUAACGAGACCUUCUACUACAUUGACUCGCCGACACGCGAGGUCUUCGCUUACGAUUAUGACAUUAAUUCCGGGAAUAUCUCGAACAAGAGGGUAAUCUUCAGCUUCAAGGAGAAUGAUAUUCCUGGGGUGCCCGACGGCAUGACUAUCGAUAAGGAUGGACAUCUCUGGGUCUGCGUCUGGGACGGCAGUCGGAUCCUCGAGAUCGAUCCAGAGAGCAAAAAGCUCCUGAGAACCGUGGACAUGCCCGCCCCGAGGAUAACCAGUGCUGUUUUCGGCGGUCCCAACUACGAUAUUCUGUACGUGACGUCGGCAAAACGUGGCCUGUCCGACGCUGAUCUGGAGAAACACCCAGCAGCUGGCUACGUCUUCGCCAUAACUGGACUUGGAACAUCAGGUGUCAAGUCCCUCAACGCUAAAAUGAGAACAGCAGGACAAGUGACGACAAUUGCUAGAUCUAACGACAAAUUUGUUCAUACUCUGUAUGUAAUUAGUGUAAUAGAAUUCCAGCUGAUAGUCCACCGAUAUAGUUCUUUCCCUGUUUUAUUUUUUACGUCAAAAAUAAACGAGCACUUGGGUGAAGAUCCUCGGGCAAUGGCCAGUUGCAAAUUAUCGGACGGACCUUUGAGGAUUGUUCCACUAACCGAGCCUCAUGCACUCUCCGAAGGCCCUCACUGGGAUAUAGCCAACCAGGUUCUCUAUUAUUGUGAUAUCUCAGGUCAGAAAAUGUUACGUUACGAUCCCAAGACGAGCCAAGUUACCGAGGCCUACAUAAAAACCGGUCCCGUGGGUGUAUUCGUCCCCGUCGCUGGUAAAAAAAAUACAUUUCUCGCAGGGAGUGGUACAGAACUCAUAGAAGUUGAGUGGAAUCCGAGUCACAAUGAUUCAGACCCCAAAAUCAAGGUGCUAUCGAGAGUCGACCUGGACCGUAACAGCACACGAUUCAAUGAUGGCAAGGUGGACCCCGCUGGUCGCUUUUGGGCGGGCACAAUGGGUUAUAGUCUGUACAACCAGGGAUCUCUGUACAGAUUCGCAGCGGAUGGAACUCCCACGAAAAUUCUCUCGCCUGUCUCCGUCAGCAAUGGACUCUGCUGGAGCCACGAUAACUCAACGUUUUAUUACAUCGACUCACCGACACUCGAGAUCGUCGCCUACGACUACGAUGUGGAAACCGGGAAUAUCUGCAACAGGAGGGUCGUCUUUACCCUUGAACUCCUUGAUUAUAACGAACUUCCUGAUGGGAUGACCAUCGAUAAGGAUGACAACCUGUGGGUGGCGAUCUUCAGUGGGGGACGGGUAAUUCAAGUUGACCCGCGUACUGGAAAACAACUCAGGGUCGUGACGAUGCCAGCGAUGGACAUCACAAGUGUAGCAUUUGGUGGGCCGGACCUCGACAUCCUCUACGUGACAUCGGGGAGGGAGAAGCUCUCCCCAGACCAACUGCGAGCCCAACCCCACGCCGGUUCUGUUUUCGCUGUUUACGGCCUCGGGACUGCUGGCCGACCAAUGCUGGGUGUCAAAAUGUAAUCUCUCUAAUUAGGGAAUAAUUUAAUCGGUAUGUUUAUUUCGAUGAGUCCAUAGGUGUCAUACAAAUCCUCCAGUUUCGAUUAAACUAUUUAACAUUAA